AUGUCAAGUGAGACAUGCACAACACUCAGUUUUUGGCCUCCUUCAGAUGCCAAGACCCCGGUGCUCAACCUAAACCUCAUGGACAACGCAAUGAAUAUGAUGGGAAAACAUGCCAUCAACGUGGAUCAACUUUUAGAAGAAAGAAGUCCGUUGCUGACUGAAAAGCAAAAUAAAGCUGAAGAUCUUUUACAUCGAAUACUUCCUAAAUCGGUCGCUGAGCAACUAAUGAGAGGGGAAGCUGUUAUACCAGAAUCAUUUGAAUCAGUUACAAUAUAUUUUAGUGAUAUUGUGGACUUUACUGAAAUGUCUUCUUCCAGUACACCCAUGGAGGUAGUUACCUUUCUCAAUGACCUGUGCACACUAUUUGACGUAAUCAUUGCUAACUUUGACGUAUAUAAAGUGGACACCAUUGGAGAUGCAUACAUGGUUGCGAGCGGUUGCCCCGUACGAAACGGCGAGCAACACGCUGCCGAAAUCUCCAGCAUGGCUCUAGCUUUGUUGGAAGCUGUGAAAACGUUCAAGAUACGCCAUAAACCGGCGCAGACCCUGAAGUUACGCAUGGGCAUUCACUCAGGACCUGUCGUUGCUGGUGUUGUCGGUUUGACAAUGCCAAGGUACUGCCUCUUUGGAGACACUGUUAAUACAGCUUCUAGAAUGGAAUCAACUGGCGAGCCUUUGAAAAUUCAAAUCAGCGAGCAGUGUUGGAAAAUGCUGGAAAGAGUUAAAGGUUGGAAAGUUCAGUCACGAGGUUUGGUAAAAAUAAAGGGUAAAGGUGAAAUGACAACUUAUUGGUUAUUAGGGCAUGACAUCAUAUCUGAGGAAAAGAGGUACAACUUAAAAGCUACGAUUCUACAUCCACUACACUUCAAUCUCCGGGAGUCAGAGAACAGAAGUCCUGAAAUGGAAUUGACGAGGCGAAAUCCACUUACGCUACCUCAUUGUUCUGUAGAUGGUACCACAGGUCUUCGAAAUGAUUUCCUUCCCUGA